AUGGUCAUCCUCGCAUAUGGUGCCUUCUGUGGCGCAGUUAACUCCACGUUUGCGUUCGUCGACACUCCGGGGUAUUUCGUGCACCAAUGGGAUAUCCACUUGCGAGAUCUCAUGCCCACGAGUUAUCAUAUCCUCGUCUUCGGAACCUGCUACUCCUUCGUGCUGCCGUUGCUCAAGGUGGCCAUUUUGAUCGAUUGGUGCCGCAUGUUCGUCCCACACGGCUCGUCCACCAGGAAUGCCUUCUGGUGGGGCUGCGUGGCCAUCAGCUUGGUGCAGAUCCUCACCGCCAUCGCGACCAUCAUCGCGCUUAACCUCCAGUGCAUCCCGCAUGAGGCCAUCUGGGACUUCACGAUUGCGAACGCCAAAUGCUUCAAGCUCUACAACCUGCAGGUGUCCUCGGCCACCAUCCAGCUCGUGUCGGACAUUGCCAUCUUCUUGCUGCCGCAGCGUGUCAUCUGGACGCUGAAGAUGUCGUGGAGGAAGAGGAUGGGUGUCUCGGUGAUUUUUGGUCUUGGUCUGCUUGCCUGCGUUUCGGCCGCUUUCCGUCUAGCAACAACGGUUGCAUACGGCGAGGCCCAAGAUGCCAUUUAUGCUCUCGGUCCGCUGGUGUUCUGGGCCACGGCGGAGAUGGCCUGCGGGUUCUUCAUCGUCUGUAUUCCUUGCCUGCCCAAGAUCCUACAGCAAACCGGCGUGCUCCGCAAGAUGAAGAAGGCGCUGGGCAUGUCGACGGGCCCGACAGCCAACUCGGCACAGGCUGGCUACCACACGGGAGGCAAAUCCGGGAACCGCAGCCGGGGGCCGAAGGCAACGAGCAGCUCUGGACAGGACUCGUACUACAAGCUGGAGGAGGACGGCAUGGCCAUGAAGGAUCUGAAGUCGUCCGAAUCGACCGAGCACCUGCGCGACGAGGAGCAGGGCCGCAAGCCAGCCGUCCCCACUGGUGCCGCCGCCAUAACCCGCACAACCCACAUCACCGUCACCGAGGACUCCCGGUCGACGAGCGACGGAGGCAGCAACCCGGACAUGCACAUGUACAACCAGCAGAAAGCGCCGUGGGGUGGCUAUCGGUGA